ACAAUGGUGUUAGCCGAUCUCGGCCGUCGGAUCAAUGCAGCUCUUGCUAAAAUCAAUAAAGAGCCAGUGAUCGACGAGAAAGUACUCGAUGCAGUAUUGAAAGAUAUCUGUCAUGCACUAUUGGAAGCUGACGUAAACGUUCGUUUAGUCGGAAAUUUAAGAAAUAAUGUAAAAACAGCUGUAAACAUUCAAGAACUCGCUGCUGGAAUUAAUAAGAGGAGAGUCAUACAGAAAGCUGUCAUGGAUGAGCUCUGUAGUCUUGUUGAACCUGGUAGCGAGCCAUAUAAACCAAAAAAAGGUGCAAACAAUAUUAUAAUGUUCGUUGGUUUGCAGGGCAGUGGUAAAACAACGACUUGUACAAAAUUGGCGUACCAUUAUCAACGCAAAGGUUGGAAAGUAUGCCUAGUAUGUGCUGAUACGUUUCGUGCUGGUGCAUUUGAUCAAUUGAAACAAAAUGCUACUAAAGCAAAAAUACCAUAUUAUGGGAGCUACACUGAAACUGAUCCUGUUCAGAUAGCCCAUGAAGGUGUUGAAAAAUUUAAAAAGGAGGGUUUUGAAAUAAUAAUUGUGGAUACUUCUGGAAGACAUAAACAAGAAGCAGAAUUAUUUGAAGAAAUGAAACAAAUUUCUGCUGUAGUUAGUCCUAAUAAUACUAUUUUCGUAAUGGAUGGAACAAUCGGUCAGGCUGCUGAAUCUCAAGCAAAGGCUUUCCACGAAGCUGCAGAUAUUGGAUCAAUUAUAAUAACUAAAAUGGAUGGCCAUGCAAAGGGUGGCGGGGCUAUAUCAGCUGUCGCAGCAACACAUAGUCCAAUCAUUUUUAUUGGUACUGGUGAGCACAUUCAUGACCUGGAAAGAUUUGAACCUAGACGAUUUGUACAAAAAAUGUUGGGAAUGGGUGAUAUGACUGGUCUUUUUGAAACUGUACAGGAUUUAAAAUUAGACCAGAACAAGAAUUUGAUGAAAAAUUUGGAGCAGGGUAUUUUUACUAUCAGAGAUAUGUAUGAACAAUUUCAAAACAUAUCUAAAAUGGGUCCGCUGUCAAAAAUGAUGCAAAUGAUGCCAGGUAUGUCAGAGAUGAAUCUUGAAGGUUCAGACGAACUAGGUGCACAACGAAUUAAAAGUAUGAAUGAAUCAGAACUUGAUUCUGAUGGCAAAAUUUUUAUACAACAGCCUUCUCGCGUACUGCGUGUGGCACGAGGUUCUGGUACAACUGUUAGGGAGGUUGAGGAGCUUCUGAUUCAACAUAAGGAAUUUCAAGGAAUGGUCAAGAAGUUUGGUGGUAACAAAGGAUUGCUCAAAGGAAUGGGUUCCGGAAUGGAUCCAAAGAUGUCUCCUCAGCAACUACAACAGAAAAUGGCACAGAUGCAAAGGAUGCUUCCUCGUGGUAUGCCAGGUGUGAACAAUAUGAUGCGACAGAUGAUGGGUGGCAUGGGAGGUAUGCCAGAUUUAAGUCAAAUGCAAAACAUGAUGAAGCAAAUGGGUCUCGGUG